UUGUGCAAGUCAUAAAACAUUCGAACAAAGGGGAGCUCUUUGCUAUUACCUAUCGUUGUAUACUUGAAGUGUAAUAACUGAAAUUCAUUGGAAAAGUGAUUCUUAAUUACUGUAAAUAGAAGGCAAGGAUAAUGAUCAAGAGAAUGGCGUCAGCGACGUCAUAAUUUUAAAAACACCAUGGAACCAGCCUCUCCGUCAUAUACAAAUUCUAUUAAUUAUUCAAUUUUAAGAGGCAGCCAUGACUCAUGAAUGAGAGAUGAGAAUGAUAAGAAUGUAGGUCUCGCUCACACCAGAACCGCCAUAAAUAAAACGAUAGUCAACCUUAAUAUUAUUUAUUGCCAGCUGAACGUGAAUUUUCCCCCCUCUAUUCGCUGGUAGGCUAAAGCGACGGGUGAAUUUGAUAUUGUUUGGAAUGCCUUAUAUAUUCUAUAGAUUUUUUAGGUAUUCAUUAGAAUAUAGAUUAUAUGGAUUUUACGAGAUAAAACAUGUAAUGAUGCCGGCCAAAAGAUUAGUUCACUGACCAGCUGUGACCGUGGCGUGUGACGGCGGGCGGCAAUUCGUUUACGUGUAUCCACGGAAACGGUCGUGUUCAAGGUUCGCUCGUAUUUUUCGCAUGACAUUUUUCGAUAAUGUUUCAAUUCUAUAGGCACGUAAAUCGUUUGUUGUGCUUCUAAAAGUGGUGCCUCUAAUCUAAUUAAUGAGCUUGUUUUUUAAACGUUCUUAUUUUUCGGCUGAAACGUUUUCAAAUUAAACAUAAGAUUAAAACUUCAUUACAAACAAAUAAUUUUAUAGACUUCAGUACGCUGGAGAAGUUGAGAAUACGAACAAGAAUUUUCAUUGCUGUUCUUAUAUAAGUUAAUAUUACAAUGGAGUCGGAACUCGAAAAAGUUCUGGAUAUCGCUGGUCACGGGCGGUACAACCUAAUGGUGCUAUUGGUUAGUAGCACCAUUCACUUAGCGUCGAUCCUGGAUUUGCUCGGCUUCUGUGUCAUCGUCCCGGCUGCGGCAUGUGACUUGAAGUUAGGAAUGAGAGAGAUCAGUCUACUUACGUCCAUACCUUUUGCAGGUUACCUUUCCGCGUUGCCAUGGGGCUACUAUGUUGACACGCACGGUAGAAGGAAGGCUAUAAUAAUAUCAACAUCAGUGGGUGCCGUUUUCGCUACACUAACAACUUUUUCUACGUCUUUCACGAUGAUGCUGGUUUUGAAACUACUUGGAUGUCUCUUUUCCACAGCUUCAAUAACGCUUUCGAUAACUUAUUUGGGGGAGUGCACGGGAACGAGGAACAGGACUAGAUACCUGUUAAUCCUCAACUGUUUCAAUCUAAUAUCUGAUUUCAUUUGCUACGCACUGGCCUACUUAAUAUUGGGCCUACAAUUCGAAAUACCUCUACCCUGGUUGGCCAUAACAUUCCGUCCUUGGCGAUUGCUGACUCUGGUCAUGGCAGUAAUGCUGGCUGUUGGAGGCUUCGUGAUCUUCUUCCUGCACGAGAGCCCCAAGUUUCUGGCGACCAAAGGACGUGUCGACGAAGCCUUGGAGGUUAUGAAGACAGGAUACGGCCUCAAGGACCGCGACGUGGAUCUUGUGAAAUCACUACUCACCAUUACCAAGGAUACGGGAAACGAACGAAAGGUGCCCUUUAUGAAGUCAUUAUGGCAGCAGACGGCGCCCAUCUUCAGUAGACCGUAUUUGAUGAAGACUCUACAGCUUUUCUUUCUUCUAGCCGUCUGUACUAGCACUAACAACGUUUUCUACAUUUGGUUCCCGACCAUUGUCAACUCGUUCUACAACGCGCCGUCAAAUGCCACGGCGAGCUUCUGCGAUAAAAUAACAUCGAACAUCACUGCGGACGUACAUUUAGGGGAAACAUGCAAUGACGUCAUCGCCGACAACACCAUAUUUUCUGGGAUGGCGUUCAGUUUGUUCUUCACAAUUAUCAACUACAUCGCCUCUAUGAUCACAUCGUGGAGGAAGAGCGUACUCGUUGGUACUUUGCUCAUAUCCGGCAUGAGCACUGUCGUGGUGGACCUAGUUGAGCAGCCAGUGAUCAGCUUGUUGCUGUUCAUACUGAUCCAGCUGGUGGGCUUGUCGGCUGGGAACGUCGCGUCCUAUUUUGUUGACGUAUAUCCUACGUCAUUCAGAGGUCUUAGCACUAGUCUGGGGUCAAUGUUUGCUAGGAUGACGGUGAUGGUCGGUAUCAAUAUAGUGGACAGUACAAUAGUGCAGCACUGUCGAGCCACGUUCUUAAGCUGGUCCAUUUUUGUAUUUGUGGGAAUGGUAGUCGCUUGCUUCCUGCCCAAGGAAACCACCACAACCAGAAACCCAUUAUUUUACGUGAGUAAAAUAGAAUCUGUAGGUUUUUGAAAAUUAGAAUUUGAUAGUUAAAUGUUGGAUUGAUGACAAUGGUGAUGAUAUAGCGGCAUAUAUUUGGUAGCUCGUAUGGUAUAUACGUAAGUAAAGACAUCGUAUUUUUUACAUUGUCUAGCAAGUUUUAAGUUGCAGUUGAAGUUAUAAAAAUUAAAAAAAUAUACUUGCAAUUCACUAGAUGCUUUGUGAUGCAAAAUUGUUUUACUGGAGAUCUAAGCUAUUAGACAAUAAAAAAAAAUACAACUGUCUUCUAGACAAUAAAAAAAAAAACUACAUAAAACUUACCAUGUUUUAAUAAAUAUUACCAUAUAGUAUUUGUAUAUUGAUAUUAUUGUAUCGAGUUAAAUUUUGCAUUUAUUUAAGGCGUAUGCAUUCAAUGCAUAAUAUUAAGGUCAUUAUUUAGAAAAUUGUAAUUAUUGAACGGUCUGUCAAAAAAUCUAUGAAAAGGCUGGAAAUCAAACAGAAUUUAAUUUUAAUGAGAAUGUAAUGUUUUCUUUUUUUUUUAAGUUUUAAAAAUAUAAUUUUUUUUCAUUUGUUUUGAUGCUUAAUUGAUUCAAUACAAAAAACCUGUCGAGUAAAUACUGUGUAAUUUAAAUAUUAUGUUAUUUAAUUAAAACUACUUUUACGGCUUAAACUGUAUCUCUGGUUCGUCUAAAGCCCUUAAUAUCAAACGUAGUUAAACUAAAAUUGAAGACGUAAACGGUCACUGAAGAUCAAUUUUAUUAAUUAUAAUUUCAAUCCUAGUUAAAUUAAUCUUCGGGGUUUGAACUAUCUCAUAGCUUAAAAACGUUUAAGCGUUAAUGGCUGCGACAAACCUUAAGUUUGGUUUAAAGUAUGGAGGGUAGAGGUAAGGAGCACCAUCUUGUAUAGGGGACAAGUUGAAAAAGUGCCUAUCUGUACACAGCAAAUUAUAGUUCGAAAACUCACCGAAGUAGCGCUAGUGUAGCAAGGGGAAAUAGCAUGUAUAUAGAAGUUUUAAGCUGAGUGAAAUGUGUUGGAUUGCAGUGAAGGCUACGAUCCGAUGUACACUGCGAGCACUGUUCAGUGCUCUCACUGCUAUUCGUUACCUACGUUAAUGACUGACAGUAUACAGUCGCAGUAAUUUAAGGAAUGAUUGAUGAUACAUGAUGAUGAAUGGAAUGGGGGAAUGAAUGGAAUGGAGGAAUGAUACAUGAUUUCAUAAAUCUUCAUUUCAUCACUUUUAGCGUGAUCAUUUCAAUAAUACGGUUAUUAAGUUAUUAUAGAUUAAAUUGCUUGAAAAACAAUAUUUUCUUUUAUUAAAAAAUAUACUUACUUUUAGCGAUUAAUUCAACUGACAAUAACUUGAAUAUUCUAUUUUCAAAACUAAAUUUAAACAUGAUUGUUUUUGCUGAAGUGAAAACACCGACAUGACAACGUCGAUGACAGUAUACUGUUCUGUAAAGGAACGGCUUCCCAGUAUACUAAUUUGACGUCACACCUUACAGUGCUCGCAGUGCAAAUCGGAAUAUACCAGAAGUUUGGUAGCUUAUAAUAAUAAUGUUUUUAUUGCAAGUAACCAUGACUCCUAUAAAUUGUUAAUAAGACUUAGACCUAUGUUAGUAGUCAUAUUUACAUCACAAUGAAUUACUGUCGUAACAUCCCAUGGGAGAUGGCACUACAGCAACCCAUGUAUAUACAGUCCAGCCUGCUUGCGAUCAUGCUCAGGAUACUGUUGGAGCUGGCCCUCACUCUACUUACCAGAGAUGCACACCUCUUACGCAUGGUAGCGUAAAAACAAUCUAUGUGCUUAUGGCGCUGUUUUUAAAUUCUUUUCACUUGCUACUAUGGCGCCAUCUUAAUUUGCUGCCCUUCAGUGGACACUUUUUAAUAUACUGAGAUGGUUCUCUUUGCCUAUACCCUCCAUAGUUUAAAGUGUUCUUUUCAAAAUGGCCGCUCGGAAUGAACAGCUGUUUUGAGUGUCAAAGUAAAUGUCAGUAAAUGUUAUGUACCCUAAGGUAAAUGUCAGCUAUUUGGCUUGUUUAGACCAAGUUUGCUCCUUCAUCCGUUUUGUUAAUCUUAAUUUGAUAUUACGGGCCUUAUUAGCCUUUAGACGUUCAGACUUUAGCUCAUUUAAAUAGCUUCUAAGCGUAGAAUCGUAGCAACGAUAAAUUACAAAAAUGUAAAUACAACACAGAUUCGUUUAUUGAUAUAAUAACAUAAUAAUAAUGUUUGAUAAGUACAAUUGUUAUAAAUAAUUCAUUCUAUACAUUAUAAAUGCCUUUUAGAAUGUAAACAAAGAAACGGAAACCUCUAGCGGAGACUUCUUAAAAAGUACAAAUACAAAUGUACAAAUGUGCUUUUAAAAACCGAAUUUAUUUAAUUAAUACCAGAUCACUUCGCACAUGUUAUAGAAAUGCAAUUUACGCGGCCGUGGAAAGCAUAGACACGUGCGUGCGUGCGACCAUAGAUAAUAAAAACACUUAAUAUGACGCGUUUUUUCCCCCGCCUAUUAUAGUAACCUCGAGGGGUUAUUCUAGAUUCGCCGAAAUAGUAGGUGAGCUCACGGGGCUCAAACUUAGACGUUGCUAACACGAGUCCUAGCAAGAGCCGUGCUUCGCAGAAUCUACCACCGGAUCGGAAACGCGAUCCACUGAGAAAAUCAGUGUGCUUAGUGCGAGUUUUUUAACGUUCUCGAUAGCGUAAAAGUUAGCUCAUAUUUGUAUUGAAUGGGAUUGUUUACCUACGUUUGUCGUUAGGGGCGCUGUUCCAACUGCAUAAAAAAUUGGCUUAAAGUGACGCAAGCGACGGGUUCGACGAGAACGAUGACCUGUGCUUGAGGCACGUAAAAGCACCGUUAGUGGAUCGGGAGGAUCCGAAAUGACGCGUUUUGGGCGACGUCGACUGCUUUCCAUUCGGCUCGCGGGAUCGGGAAUGUAGUGACGCGCGACUGAACAAACACAUGUAUGUUUCUUCUUGGCCGUGAGCCAUCUUUGUGAGCUGAGAAAUCGUAGAUAGAAUGUCGUAAACUGUAUUAUUUAAAUUUGUAACAUCAAAGGUUUAUAUUUACGUAAGCGUCAUUGUGAUAAUAAAUAAAAUAUACAAUUUGAAAAAAACAAAA